AUGGCCUCUGAAAAGGCCACACUCGCGUCUGGCGCUGACCUUGGCGAUGGUCUUCGCCAGCGUGUCCCUUCGACUCAGACCGCCUCACGCCCCGCCCAACCAGCCGACAAUAAGAAGUUUGUGAAGAAGGAGAAAACCUUUGUCGAGAACUUCACCGAAUGGGAGCCCAUCUUCGCUCCCAUCCUCUUCACGAUUGCCGCGUUCGCAACCCGACUAUGGAAGAUUGGCAUCAGCGACAUUGUGACCUGGGACGAGGCGCAUUUUGGCAAAUUCGGCAGCUACUAUAUCAAGCACGAGUACUACUUCGAUGUUCACCCUCCUCUCGGCAAGAUGCUGGUCGGUCUCUCUGGAGUCCUGGCCGGCUACAACGGCACCUUCGAGUUCAAGUCUGGCGAGAAGUACCCUGAAGAGGUCAACUAUGCCUUCAUGCGCGCCUUCAACGCCCUCUUCGGUAUUCUUUGCAUCCCCCUGGCAUACUACACGGCUCGCGAGCUCAAGCUCCGUCGUCCUGCAGUAUGGCUUGUGACCCUCAUGGUCCUCUGCGAGAACUCGUACACCACCAUCAGCCGCUUCAUCCUGCUCGACUCCAUGCUGCUGUUCGGGACGGUCGCCACCGUGUUCUGCUGGUCCAAGUUCCACAAUCAGCGUCACAGCGCCUUCGAGCCCGAAUGGUUCCUCUGGCUGUUUAUGACCGGCAUUAGCAUCGGUUGCGUGUGCAGUGUGAAGCUCGUCGGUCUCUUCGUCACCGCGCUCGUCGGUCUGUACACGAUCGAGGAUUUGUGGAACAAGUUCGGCGACACCAGGAUGCCCGUGUCUACGCUGUCCGCUCACCUUUUCACCCGUAUCAUUGGUCUCAUCAUCAUUCCUUUCAUGAUCUACAUGCUCUCCUUUGCGCUUCACUUUGCGAUCCUCGACCGCAGCGGUCCUGGUGACGCCCAGAUGAGCUCUCUGUUCCAGGCCAACCUCAAGGGUACCAACGUUGGCAAGAACAGCCCGCUCGAGGUCGUGUACGGUUCGCGCGCGACCAUCAAGAACAUGGGAUACGGCGGUGGUCUGCUGCACUCCCACGUCCAGACCUAUCCCGAAGGUUCGCAGCAGCAGCAGGUUACUUGCUACCACCACAAAGACACCAACAACGACUGGUUCUUCUACCCCAACCGCAACGAGCCUGACUAUGACGCCGAGUCUGAGGAACUUCGUCACAUUGGUGAUGGCUCCCUCAUCCGUCUCAUUCACGCUCAGACUGGCCGCAACCUUCACUCGCACUCCAUCGCCGCUCCUGUGACCAAGAAGGACAACGAGGUCUCGGCCUACGGUAACUUGACUGUCGGCGACGACAAGGACCACUGGAGGGUCGAGGUUGUCCGCGAUGCUGCCUCUUGGGACCGCAGCAAGCUGCGCACCCUGACCACGGCGUUCCGACUGAAGCACCCUACUCUUGGCUGCUACCUGCGCGCCGGCAACACCAACCUGCCCCAGUGGGGUUUCAAGCAGGUUGAGGUGACUUGCACAAAGCAGAACAACCCUCGCGACACGUACACUCACUGGAAUGUGGAGGCGCACUGGAACGACAAGCUUCCUCCCAGCGACCCUAGUGUAUACAAGUCUCCCUUCUUCCACGACUUUAUUCACCUGAACGUUGCCAUGAUGACCUCGAACAAUGCCUUGGUCCCCGACCCCGACAAGCAGGACGACCUUGCAUCUCAGUGGUGGCAGUGGCCUAUCCUGCACGUCGGUCUGCGCAUGUGUGGCUGGGAUGACAAGAUUGUCAAGUACUUUCUCCUGGGCAACCCCUUUGUCUACUGGGCCUCGACUGCCAGCUUGGGUGUCCUCGCCCUGGUGGUCUUCUGGUACCUGGUCCGCUGGCAGCGAGGUUACAAGGACCUCCAGGAGAGCGAGGUCGAUCGCAUGCACUAUGCUGGCCUGUACCCGGCUGCCGGAUGGUUCCUGCACUAUCUGCCGUUUGUGAUCAUGGCGCGUGUCACCUAUGUGCACCACUACUAUCCGGCGCUGUACUUUGCCAUCCUCACGCUUGGUUUCCUCGCCGACUGGUUCCUCCGGAACCGCGGCGCUGCGAUCCAGGCUGUCUCGUAUGGCAUCCUGUACUCGGUCAUCAUCGGCCUGUACAUUCUGUUCAUCCCCAUCUGCUGGGGCAUGACAGGCAGCAACAAGCAGUACAGCUACCUCAAGUGGUUCGACAACUGGAGGAUCAGCGAUGCCUAA